AAGAAAAAAAAAUGAAAAAAGCAAAAAAAGUGUAGGAAUUUCUGGUAAAGUGCUGCACAGUGAUAAGAGUUCCUUGGAUUUUUUUGAGAAAUUUUUGGAAGAACUGCCGUUGUAAUUAUUCAAUGAAAUUCUAGCGAAAUUUCUGGAAAAAAAAUCUAGAAGAACUCUAUGAAACACAAGGUCGAGUUUGAGAUAUUUUUUGAAAAAAAAAAUCUGUCGGGUUUCUUGAAACAAAAAACGUCGGUACAAUUUCUUUCGAAACCAUCAGCAUUAACCUUUUGCGAUUUUUAUUGGAAAAAAAUCAGUAAAAAUCUUUAGAAGAUCUCCUAGAGUAACAAUUGGAGAAUUCGCUUGAAAGAUUAAUGGAAAAAUAUCUAGAGGAAGUCCUAAGAUAGAAUUUGUAAACAUUUUCAAUGUAAUCUCUGAGCAGUCGAAGUAUUUUGAGAGACUGGAACAAAUUUCACUAGUCUUAUUAUCCCAUCAUUUCUGGGUAUUCCUCUGACCGCAAACUAACCACUGUGUUGUUUCCCAGUUAGUCGGCCAUUGAGCGUUAUCAAUGAACGUGAAAUUCGCACUUCUAGAGCAUACCCGGCUGUAUGGUUCACCGCAUUGAACGCACAACGAUUUACAGAUAAUUUAUGCUGCAAAUCUUGAAGUAUAAAACCACAGUGACGUCUGGUUGUAUGCUACAGUUGUUCAUGAUUGAAUUGUCUUUGAAGUAGGUUUCGUCGGUUUCGAAAGAAUGGCUGCCAAAUUGGUACUGGUAGCCUCUGCGUUGGUGUUCUGCUGUGCGGGUCAACCGGCAGAUUCUGAAUUCUUUAUAAACGGAGUUUCAGGUUCGUGCCUUUUCGGUUUUGAGCUGUUGAUGGGCAAACUGGAAUUUCUCGAGGAAAAGUUGUACGAGUUGGAGCGAUACCAGAGGGAAACACAUUCGAACAAUUUAUUCACGUCGUGUUCGAAGGAACCUUCCAAAAUAUCGGGGAAAUACCGACUGCAACCCAUUGCCAACGAGAAACCUUUUGUAGGAUUUUGCGAGCAGGAAAAAUAUGACGGCGGAUGGCUCGUUAUCCAACAUCGUUUCGAUGGAUCAGUAAAUUUCUACCGAAACUGGAAAGAGUAUAGGGACGGUUUCGGGAGGUUGGAUGGCGAGUUCUGGAUCGGAUUGGAAAGGUUGCACAGGUUGACCAAGGAUAAAAGUGUGACCUUGAUGGUAGAAAUUGAAGACUACGAUGGUAAUUAUGGCUACGCCAGUUACAAAGAUUUUGAAAUUGGAAGUGAGUCGGAGAGGUAUGAACUGAAAAGACUUGGGGUUUACCAAGGAACUAUAGGAAACGGAAUGAGGAGCAACGAGGGUCGAAUAUUUACUACGCGGGAUAGUAAGAAUGAUGGAGACGACGAGAAUUGUGCUGAAAGUGAGCAAGGAGCUUGGUGGUACUCAGAGUGUGGUGAAGCCAACCCAAACGGACCUCACAAGAAGCAAGGAGAGUGGAAGAAAAUGUACUGGUAUUUGCACAAAGAAGGAGCCGAGUUGAAAUUCUUCAGAAUGAUGAUCAAAUAAAUGCAAUCCACCUCUGUUGCUGUCCUA